AUGAACUGCAAAAACUACAGAGGUAUAAAACUCCUAGAGCAUGGCUUUAAAAUCCUAGAAAAAAUCCUGGACACAAGACUUAGACAAACUAUCGACCAUAACAUAGAACUUAGUUUGGCUUCUCUACUGGAAAUGGUCUCAUUAAAAGAUAAAAUCAGGAAUGAGGUACUUCGCAGCAGAUGCGGUAUCCCAGAUAUAGUAGAGAAAGUCCAAGAGGCUAGACUAAGGUCGUUCGGUCAUGUGUUGAGGAGAGAGGAUGAAGAACCCUACAGGAUGGCUUGGAACCUUAGUGUGGAAAGUGAGGUAGAGGGAAGCCGCGUCAGAGAUGGAGCGAUAACAUCGAGAAGGACCUCGAGGAAAAAGGAAUAG